AUGGCUGUCAGUGCGGGGGCGGCCUUGCAAUUUUUGCGGGCUUUCCCAGAGGCCAACAGCUACAAUGUGCUCAUACUAGACCCUGCUCGUAAGCAGGCCCUGCUUUCCAAACCGCAGGCCUCAAAAGAGCUCAUUUUCUGUGAGUUGGAGCGGUGGCUCGCAAUAGGUGGCCAUUUCUUCAUCCGACCGAACAUAUCCGGCCUGGUCAUGGUCGACCUAGACAACUACAAUGGCCAGCUGCAGACACUGCUGGCACUGAGACCGCGUGUGCUGGUUGAGACGUCCCCAGGAUGCUAUCAGCUGUGGUUGGUUCUGCCACAACACCUCCCAAGCAAGUCGGCCUUAGACGUUACACGGGAGCUUACCUCAGGAUUGGGAGGGGACAUGGCAUCCGCCAAGGUCACUCAGGUAGGCCGGCUUCCCGGCAGUAUCAAUUGCAAACCUGCCAAGGGUUGCAGUGUCAGUAUCUUGCACAGUGCAGUACAAGACAUGGACGAGCAGUGCUACCUCGAUUUAACUGCCAACCCGGUGCUUUCCGUGACACCGCAUGGUAUUCAAGUUGGGUCUGCAGCUCCUAAGAAGGCUGUCAAGCACCAACCCAGGCAAGCUGUCCAGCCAAAAGAGUCCCAUGCGGAUCGGAGCGCUGAGGACUGGAAGCUGGCAUGUCAGUAUUUCGAGCAGCAUCCAGGCGCGACAAUCCAGGAAGCAGCAGAGGCUUGUCACUUCCAAGCCCAGCGGCCUAAUCCGAAGUACUAUGCUGAUUUGACACUGCGCAAAGCACGGGAGCAUGUCCGCGGCAAAUGUGCUCUACCUGGCAAGCCUGCUUCGGCCGCUGUUGUGGAUUCGUCGCACCAGGAGGCAUUUCAGCUUAGGCUGUUUUUCUUGUAG